AUGGUCGAAAAGGCACGCAAACUUAGCGCAUUACGGCUAAGAUACAACUUACCAUCACACGAGGAACCCCCAGACGCAGAUUACAUGGACGUGGACGACUCCUUCUUCUUAGCCCACGACGUAAACGCCGUAAACCGCAUCAUGAAAAUCUCAGAAAAACACCUCCGGGAAUUUCUCCGGCAGUGCCUGUCGAAGUACGAGAAGGCCAAAGUAGAACCCGGGUCAGCAGUAGGUGCCGUUGGCGCUCAGUCCAUCGGUGAACCAGGAACCCAGAUGACCCUGAAGACUUUCCAUUUCGCUGGUGUCGCCUCCAUGAACGUUACUCUCGGAGUUCCGCGUAUCAAAGAAAUCAUCAACGCUUCGAAGGCCAUCAGCACGCCUAUCAUCACCUGCACGCUAGUGACAGAGGACGACGAGCGAGCCGCAAGAAUUGUCAAGGGUAGGAUUGAAAAGACUUAUUUGGAAGAUAUAAUAUCCUACAUAGAGGACGUCUGCUCCCGAGACGACAACUACAUCAGCAUUCGCCUGGACCAAGAAACCAUCAGCAAGCUCCAACUAGAACUAACAAUCGACGAUAUCGUAACUGCCCUUGUAAAAGCCAAGCUGAAAAUCAUCCGCCAAGACAUCCGUGUAAUCGGCAACAGGAUAAGGAUCUAUGUGCACGAGAUGGCGGAGAAGGACCGGAAACGCACAAAGGACGAGUCGGACGUCUUCCUGCGCGUGCAGAACCUGAAACGUGCGCUGCCGCGCGUGGUGGUGAAGGGGUACCCGAACGCAGCGAGGGCAGUGGUCAAGAAGGAUGACAAGACGGGGAAGAACCAGAUCUUGGUGGAGGGCUACGGGCUCAAGCUCUGCAUGAACACGGAUGGCGUGGUGGGCACGAAGACGAAGUCGAACAGCAUCAUGGAGAUGAGGGAGGUUUUGGGAAUUGAGGCUGCAAGAGGCUCAAUCAUAGACGAAAUAUCCUACACCAUGCGUGAGCACGGCAUGGACAUCGACCCUCGCCACAUGCAACUUCUCGGCGACGUAAUGACAUACAAAGGCGAGGUUCUAGGGAUCACGCGAUUCGGACUAGCCAAGAUGCGCGACAGCGUCCUACAGCUUGCCUCGUUCGAGAAGACCACCGACCACCUCUUCGAGGCCGCCUUCCACAUGAAGAGUGACGCCGUCGAGGGCGUGUCCGAGUGCAUUAUCCUUGGCCAGUCUAUGAGCAUCGGCACAGGCUCUUUCAAGGUCGUCCGGAGGCUCAUGAUCGAUCCGUGCGACCUGGUCCCUAAGAAGCUGGUGUUUGAGGAGGCUUACGCGAAAAUGUACCAUCAUCCGAGUAAGAAGCCGGGUCGUGGGCGGUGAUUCUUUGAGACAUUCCCCUUUCUUCGGGUUUGGGGGGCCCGAGGGUGUUGGGUGGGCUAUUCGCUAUCUAUGACAAUAGCCAAUUCCCCCGGAAAUCAUUGUUAGGUCUGAUAUUAUCAUUGCGGCCAUAGCCCUGUGCGGCAUGAUACGGUGUAUCAUAACACAUCUAAUGGUCUUACAAAACACAGAGUAUGAUAUCCCAUGAAAUGAAUUAACAUGUGGACGCAGCCUAAAAUUGUAUGCCGGAAAUUAAUGGCUGAUCUAAAGAAUAAAUUGAAUUGGGUAUUGUCCUAUGCAUUUAA